AGAAGAAGAAGAAAAUGAUAAAGAAAUGCUGAGAAGAUUUUUAUUUUUUUGUUUUGUUUUUAAAAAGUACAGGGCUUUCAAAAAUAAUUUAAUAUUGUAGAAAAUAUAUCUCCUGCUAUACACUCCAGUCCAGCGGUGGCGGUAAUACAAUUGAUUGUUGUCAACCGUCAUUUAAACUGAAGAAGAAGAAGAUGUCUGUUUUGGUUUUUGUUGAAUAGGCAGUUCACAGUCUAUUCGUUAAUAAAACGUCUUUUUGAAAUAUAUUAUACAAUAGGCUACUGUAUUAACGAUACGAUAAAACAAUAUAUUUAACAAAAGCCAUUGUUAAAGUAUACAAACGGUAACGUUAGAUUGAAUGUUGAUCCCUUAAACACGAUGGUGUUCGUAUGUUGUGCAUAUAACUGUAGAAACACGGCUGUGAGUAACUCGACCGUCUCAUUCCACCAAUUCCCACUGAAGGACCGCAACUUGCUAAAAAAGUGGCUUCACAAAUUAAGAUGGAAAGACUGGAAACCUGCUCCAAAUAGUAAAAUUUGCUCUGUCCAUUUUGAAAAGAAGUGUCUUAUUCAAGAUGGAAAGAGAACAAGACUUCAACCAUGGGCUGUGCCGACUAUAUUUUCAUUCCCAAGCCGUUUUGCGGAAAGAAAGGUUAAAAUCAACCCUAGAAGCAGAAGAGCUUUGGGAAAUGUAAGUGACUCAAACUCCUCUCUUCAAGCAGCACCUGAUUUGAAAGCAGAAACCUCACAGACAUCUUACUCAGGAAAGCCUGAGCACAGAACCACAGAGAAGAGUUUACACCCGAACAAAACAGAAAAUCGUUCGAGCGUUUCCCCACAGCAGCCGACUGAAACAGAAAAAAGCCCACCAUGGACCAUCCUGGGUGAUAUAGACCUGGACAGAACCAUGACUAUACCGAGUUUCUUUCACAGUGGAUACUGUUUUCCCAAUAACAUUCGCUGGACUGGAGACAAUGAAUUAAAUAUUAUGCCUCAUGUGGCUUAUGGUGUUCUUGGACAAACAAAACCCCAUAUAAUUGAGGUUAAAGAGAGGUGGGAAUGGCUUGGGCUGGAUGUUAGAGGUCCGUUCUCUCCAACAGUAGACAAGCACACGCACAUCAUGACCCUGACUGACUACCAUUCCAAAUGGGUGGAAGCUUUUCCUUUGACUCAGAAACUCAGCCAGGAUGUGGCCCAGUGUCUUGCCGAAGUCUUCAGUCAGCAGGGAUACCCUCUCGGAAUUCUCUCCCGGCUUCCUAAGCGGAUCCUCUUGGAAAUUAACCGUGAGUUGAAGAAACGGCUGAGAUUGAAUGCAAAUGCCUUGGUGAUACACCACCGUCAAACUGGUUACAUGGACUUGGUCACCGAAUCACUUCUUAAUGAGAUGCUGGAUGAGCUGGUAAAGAAACACAGCAGCAUCUGGCACAUCCACCUCCCUGCUGCCACUCUGCGCCUCUGCUGCACGAAUCACCCCACCACCAAAGACAAACCCUUCACCCGCAUGUAUGCCAGUGACCCGCCCUUCUCCUCAUCCCCCAGAGAACUGCCUUACAGUGCUACUGAUAUUCGCUUGAGUUCUUUUGUUAUCCCAACCACUGAAGCCAACAAUCUAUGAGCUCUGUCAGACACUUCGGUCCACUGCCUGCGGGAUCAGAUUUAUUCCAAGUAAAGAAACUAAAGGUUUUGUCAGGUUUACAUGACCUUAUGUUUUUCCAUGUACAUAGACUGUAAGUAAAGCAAGUUUGCACUGUUGCCUUGUACAAAUAUGAUAAAGAAAUACAAUUAUUUUUAAAACGGUAAAAGAAGCAAUA